AUGUCGGGAGCUGAGGCGGCGAUCGCAGGCAUAGGAUUCCUCUGCAAUGCGAUGCAGAUCGUCACCUUCGGCAGAGACAUUCUCCAAGUUUACAAUCAUGUUCGACAUGAACACUCUCCUGACCCCAGGCUGAAAGCUUAUCUCGAAAGCGCGAAAGCUUGCUUCGAUGAAAUGAACAGCUCAGCUUCCCACGUUCUGCCGUCGACCCGUGACCAACAGCAGAUAAUCGACAUUGGUAAAAAGCUGGAAGAAUCAAUGACCCAACUGCAGUCUAAAUUUUCGCAGCUUCAUAUUGAUGAUGCCUCUCGACGUGGAUUUCGCGGGAAGAUACAGGUGGGCAAAAAGAGUCUGGCAACUCUCUGGCAAGGAAAAGAGCUUGAAAGCCUUGAGGCCAACCUCAAGAGAUACGAAAGCCUUCUCCAUGGUGUCGUUCUGCACCGCAUUUGCAACCAGUCUCAAGCUGCAGAAAUCAGUUCACAACAGUCCUUUCACCAACUCAACACCAACCUACAGUCGGUCAUUAAACAACUGGCGGAUGGUCGCACAUGGAUGUCCGACCUUUCAAUCGAGUCACGGGAGAUAAGAACCCUUGUUACGCAGGAGCAUGAAACAACACGGGCUGCUAUUAACACAGGCUUCAAUACUUCGCAGGGUACUAUUUCUAGUUUCCGUGACUCCGUGUCUCGAGAGUUUCAGGAUAUAGCCCGACGCGACCAAAGCAAAUCGUUUGAACAAGAGCACAACCAAUUACUGCAAAGCCUCCGAUUCCCUGAGAUGAACAGCCGCAGGAAUCACAUCUCAGAAAACUACCCCGGUACCUUCGAUUGGGUUUUCAAGGGCCCCGAUGACCGCUAUCCAGGCAAUGUAUUAGGGCCGGCCUAUGGGAUAGGACUUUCAGGUCUCAAUUCAUUUCCGGCCUGGUUAGAGUCAGGUUCGCGCCAAUUCUGGAUCAGCGGUAAGCCAGCUUCUGGAAAAAGCUCGCUUAUGAAAUUUCUUGCAACGAAUUCCCUCACAUUACAGCAUUUGCAAGCCCAGCAUAGGAACAUCCAAAUCCUCACCCACUAUUUUUGGAAGCCAGGGCAACCUCUACAGAAGAACAUAGAAGGUAUGGCACGUUCACUCCUCCAUCAAUUGCUUCACAAGAACCGUGAUCUUGCCCAGCGGCUAUGGAUCGAACAGCCGAACGUUCAAGAUAAGCGAGAUGGUGGAGAUUGGGAUGUGAAUGAGCUAAAGAAAGCGCUAUGCUGGGCGAUCAAAUCUUCAGGAAACACUUUUUGCAUUUUCCUCGAUGGACUGGACGAGGCUAAGGAAUUUGAGGACCUACCUUGGGGUGACCAUCAGAACACCCAGGUUAUAUACGACUUGCUUUGGCUCGACAACAUCAGACUCUGCGCAUCCAGUAGGGAAGAGGAUCCGUUUUGCCGGUUUUUCGCAGGCCAACCCUGCCUCAGAAUGCAUCAGUUAAAUAAGAAGGAUAUCUACCAUUACACAGAGAAUCGGUUAGAAGUAUCUGGCCUAAACUCCAAAGAUCGAUCUCGACUUCUAUCAGAGGUUGUACAGAAAGCCGACGGUGUGUUUCUCUGGGUGGUCUUGGCUGUUAAUAGCCUCAAUCAGGCAAUACGCUCAGGUGGUACCAACGAAUUUGAGGAACGACUAGCACAAACGCCAUCAGAUUUACACGACCUCUUGAUUGAUAUGUGGAAUCGCCCAAGAGAUGAUGCAAAGUUAUUAACUCACAGCAUCGAGGCUUCUCGCUUCUUUAGUCUAGUUCUUGCAGCAACCGAUAUCGACACGGACAUCUGCUACUCUCUAGGACAUUCCGAAAUACUAGCUCUCUAUUCGAUGCGCUCCUCAAUUGUCAUGGCUACAGCCCUGGAGGACCAACCAUUCAUAUCCAUAUUAAGAGAAGGCCGAGAAAUUCAGGCAAAAGAGCUUGAAGCUAGAUGUGCGAGGGUAGAAGCUCGAUUGCGUUUGGUUUGCCGAGGUCUCCUCGAAGUAACGACACCCUAUGAUAAUGAUGAAAUUUACGCGUGCGCCGGAGAUGAAGCGCUUUGGGGCUAUGUCUUGAAAAGGGUCGAUUUCAUCCACAGGUGUGCAUUCGACUUCAUCACUGACACGCAAUUUGGACGCGAAUGUCUUGCACUUUGUCACUGGUCAUCAAUUGAGCAAGCCGAAAGGCUACUUGCGGGCCACUUAGUCAAAUCCCGCUUUCUAUGCUUCAAGUCAGCAAGAUACUCUUUCGAAAAAUCUCGCGAAGGAACGGUGUUCGUUGUCCAUGGAAACAACCACCAACUCUUCCCAGCCUUAGACGUUGUUCUCAACCAGUUCAGGAGCAACAUAUCUUUUCGCCAUAGCAUGAUUGAGAGAUUGAAAGACUGGCAGCAAUGUGGCUUGUUUUACGACCACUUGUAUUGGAACUAUCCGAUCUUUCCCAAAAAUCCUCCCAACCCGAGAGAAUUGGAGUUCCUUGAGAAUCUCGUGAUAGUAGCCGACUCAGACGCAGUUAUUAGCGAUUUUUUAGACCAGCUUUCUACUGAUUGCCUGGCAGACGCUAUUCCUGUUGUACUCAGCGCAUUGGAAGAUAUUCACGGGGAUAUACAAAUUAACUCGUGCGUAAAUCUUGUCGACUACAUCCUAACUCGCCUGAAAAGUGGGAUAGACCAAGGCUGGCGUGAUUUUUCGUCACAAGGUCAAUAUGACAUGAGAAAUGCAGCGCGCAUGCUCCAUUCAUGGUUCGUCAUGCAGUGCCUCCACCGUAUAUCUGACGAUUGGAUCAACGAUGGGCAUAAACUUACAGACCUACUGCGCCGCUUUAGCCAAACUCUAUCUUCAACAAACGAUUGGCAGUGUUCAUUGAUUCUGGAAUUCGGGGAUUUUAGUGAGUCCGGCUUUCUCCCACUUUCCAGCUCAAUGGAAGGCUUUGAUACUCGACAACAUACUCUGGCGAUUGGCAAUCUUGUUACAGCUUACCGCUUACUUGACCAACUUCUAUCAGAUCGUACAGGUUAUGCUCUAGACGUUGAACCUCCCCAGGACGCCAAGGAACGAUUUGAGGUACUUCUGAUCAGAGUCAAUGCAGAUCCUCCAGGUAGUGACAGAAAGUUUUUUUCACCCGCAAUAGAGUAUCAUCUCGAUAUUGCAAAUUGUAUAAGAGAUAGCCUGUCAGAACGCGAUGUCCAGAUUAGAGAGCAAAGAUGGUCUGUCCUGUUGCAAAACAUUAAUGCGGGCUUGGAAUGGAUAGGCGAGGACCUAUUGGGAUACUGCAUUAGGGAAAUUAACAAAAGAGGCUUGGAGCUGAUACAUCCGUGGGUAAAUGCGGUCAUACAUAGUUACUCAGAUGAGGAGUAG